GUUCACUGAGAACAAGGCACAAUGGCUCAUGACAGCAAGAAGACUGUCCUUAUAACAGGGUGCUCAUCGGGCAUCGGCCUGAAGAUUGCAGUGCAGAUGGCCAAGGACCCCCGGGAGCGUUACCAUGUGUUUGCCACCAUGAGGGACCUCAAGAAGAGUGGGAAGCUGGAAGCAGAAGCAGGGGAGGCUCUCAAUAAGACCUUGGUGAUCAGACAAUUGGAUGUAACCAAAGAAGAGUCAGUGAAGAAAUGCAUAGCAGAUCUGCCUGGUCAGACAGUGGACAUCCUGGUGAACAACGCCGGUAUAGGCCAGGCUGGCCCUCUUGAAAGCAUCUCAAUGGACGACAUGAGGAAAGUAUUCGAAACAAACUUUUUUGGGGUGGUGCACUUGGUCAAAGAAUUCCUCCCGUCCAUGAAGAAGAGAAGAAGUGGCCAUAUUGUGGUUAUAAGUAGCGUCAUGGGAUUACAAGGCAUUGUAUUCAAUGACGUCUAUGCUGCAUCAAAGUUUGCAAUUGAAGGAUUCUUUGAAUGUCUGGCUGUUCAGCUCUUAAAGUUCAACAUCUUCGUGUCUUUAAUAGAACCUGGACCUGUGAACACAGAGUUUGAGAUGAAGUUGAUGGAAGAAGUGGCUCGCUCAGAAUUUCCUGGAGCCGAUGCUGAGACCGUAAGAUACUUCAAGGAGGUGUACCUCCCGAGCGCACAUGAGAUCUUUGUCACCAUGGGGCAGACACCAGAUGCUGUGGCGAAGGCCACGGUAAAGGUGAUCGGCAUGCAGCAGCCCGUCUUCCGUGAGCAGACGAACCCUCUCUACACUCCACUCACGGCUCUGAAAUAUGCAGACAACAGUGGUAACCUCUCCGUCAGGACCUUCUACAAUCUCAUCUUCAACUAUGGCUCCCUCUUUCACUGCAGCCUCAACCUCCUGAAAUGUAUCACCUGCAACUGUUUCCGCCGCAGAGUCAUGCCGGUCUGAAGAAUGAGGACAACGGCCUACAGUUCAGCACUUAGAGCACUUAGAGGGUAUGUAUACUUUAGCAAAAUUUUUCUUUUUGCUACAGUGCAUCUCAAAUAAUACAUGAAUAAUAAGCAACACUGCAAAUAGUCCUAAAUUAGGCCAAUCCUACUAUUUUUUGUCUACAUCUCUUAUGGAUACCUUUAUGUCUCCAUGGAAACAGACUACAAACAACGAUGUGUAGUCUGACAGUGUAGCGAUGUGUUACUUGUUUCCAUUUGGUCCUUUAUACAGACAGCUGAUUUGCAAGAAGCUGGGACCAAAUAGUAGGGAGAAACAUAGGACUUUAAUAAAAGUUUAUGUCCCUUUGUCCUUCGGAGCAUGCUUAGACCUGGGAUAGUAAGAGUUAAAGGGUACCUCUCAUAAAAAAAAAAUUUUGAUAUAUUAUAGAUUAAUGUAUGCAGAAUAACUUUACAAUUGCAUGUUAUUAAAAAAAUAUGCUUCUUUCUAUUUCAUUUUCCACUUUGAAGAAAUGACCACUAGGGGUCUCCCUACCAGUCCUGGCAGCAAGCAUUUCAGACUCAUGCUGGAGUCCUAAACACUACGAGCUGCCAGUCUGCUUUGUUCACAAAGGAGAACACUCAGAGCUGCCAGCCUGCUUUGUUCACAGC